AUGGCUCUCGCCGUUGUAACAUCGGCGAGAAAACUGCGUCCCUACUUCCAGUCGCACACAAUCGAAGUAUUGACAAAUCAACCAUUGCGAACGGUAAUGCAGAAUACAAAUCAAUCCGGACGUUUAUCGAAGUGGACUAUCGAACUCAGCGAGCACGACAUUGUCUUCAAGAAUCGAACAGCUGCGAAAUCUCAAGUCCUCGCAGACUUUCUCAUCGAGCUCGCACCAGAGCUCGAGCAAGAUCUAAUCCUCCCGAGUCAAAAUUGGAUACUCCACGUCGACGGGUCGUCGACAAACAAAGGAUCAGGAGCAGGAGUGCAGCUGCAAUCCCCGACAGGAGAACUGAUCAGACAGUCGUUCAGCUUCGGCUUCGCCGCUUUAAACAAUGAAGCAGAGUACGAGUCGUUGAUCGCAGGGCUAAGACUCGCCAAGGCAGUCAAGAUUUCGAAUUCUUCAAACUCACCAAAGUUCCCGAGAAAUGGAUUGCACGAUGACUCAAGACGCGGAGUGCCCACUAUGUCGUCCUCGACGGAGAACUCCACCGAUGGACCGCAACCAAGGUACUUCUGA